UGGAAGUUCAAACCUAUUUUCUAGUUCAUUCAAGAAAUUACACGAAAAAAAGUCAAUGGCACUACCAAAUUUUGAUGCACUAAGAGACUUGCACGACUCAGCCAACGACUUGCUUCACUCACCAGUAAUCAAACGAGAAAUCGCACACCACGGACAAGAAAAAUGGGUCCAUGAAGUUUCUGAAACAUCGUUAAGGAUGCUCGAAGUUUGUGCUACCACAAACGAUGUUCUUUUGCUAGUCAAAGAUCAUAUCCACGACCUCAAGUCAACGUUCAGAAGAAUCAGCUUUGGCGAUAAUAAAUUUUCAGUAUCGUACCACGGUCAACGGAAGAAGUUGAAGAAAGAGAUAUUAAAGCGCUUGCACUCCUUAAAGGGAAUAACAAGUUCGAAAUUAUCAUUGGGCUCGAACAGUAAAAAUAAUUUAAUGGUAGUUGUGCAUGUGCUAAGGGAAGUGAAAUUGGCCAUGAUGUCAAUUGUGGAGUCAUUGAUGUCACUUAUGUCAGUGCCAAGUCCGAAUAACAAGAAAUUAAAUAAUGGGUAUUCUUUUAGAUCAAAAUUAAUGAGAGUGAAUAGUUUUAGUUCAUGGGAAAAAUGUGAUGCCAUGACCCUGCAAUGUGUGAAUAAAAGAUUGGAAGCAGUGGAAUUCGUCAUUGAAGAUCUUGAAGGAGAAUUAGAAUGUAUUAUUCGGCGGCUUAUUCGGACAAGAGUUUCGCUUCUGAAUAUACUCACCUAUUAAACGGUGUAUACAGAUUAAACUAUUUAAAUGAUGGACGAAAAAUAGGAGCUAGCUGCCUGUUAUUUUAUUGGUUUGUUAGCUCAAUGUU